CUGAGUUUCACGCAUGCGUGCAGUGCACAGAAGGAUUUGAAAAUGUCGGUUGCAGGUUAAAAACGAGAAGGAAUUUGUCGCCAGGAAGCUCAAACACGGCACAUCAGUUUUGUUGUCUCUGUCUAGAUGUUUAAAAAGUGGAGCAAGGGAUGCAAUUGACCACCCUUUCUGCUCGGACUGUGGAGAGGGAUUCACUCGGACAUUUGACCAACUGGCACGCCUGUAAUUUACACAGGAGAAAGGCCUUUCACCCGCUCAGACAGUGGGAAUGAAUUCACUCGAUUAUCACAAUUGAAAGUACAUCAGCAAGUUCACACAGGGCAAGGCCAUUCACCUGUUCUGUGUGUGAGAAGCGGUUCAGUCGGUCAUCCCACCUGUGAACACACCAAUCAGUUCACACUGGGCAGAGGCUGGUCAACUGCUGAGUUUCUGGGAAAGGAUUCACUUAGUCAUCUGUUCUAAUGGCACACCAGCGUGUUCACACCGGGGAGAAGCCGUUCACCUGCUCAGAGUGUGGGAAAGGAUUUACACAGACAUCUACCCUACUGGUACAUCAGCGAGUUCACACUGGGGAGAGGCCAUUCACCUGCUCAGUCUGUGGGAAAGGAUUCACUCAGUCAUCCCACCUACAGAUACAUCAGCGAGUUCACACUGGGGAGAGGCCAUUUAACUGCUCAGUCUGUGGGAAGGGAUUCAUUCAGUUAUCCCACCUGCAGAGACAUCAUCGAGUUCACACUGGGGAGAAGCCGUUCACCUGCUCAGAAUGUGGGAAGGGAUUCACUUGGUUAUUCAGCCUACAGAAACAUCAGCGAGUUCACACUGGGGAGAAGCCGUUCACCUGCUCAGUCUGUGGGAGGAGAUUCACUGAGUCUUCCACCCUGCAGAAUCAUCAGCGAGUUCACACUGGGGAGAGGCCAUUCACCUGCUCAGUCUGUGGGAAAGGAUUCACUCAGUCAUCCCACCUACAGAUACAUCAGCGAGUCCACACUGGGGAGAGGCCAUUUAACUGCUCAGUCUGUGGGAAGGGAUUCAUUCAGUUAUCCCACCUGCAGAGACAUCAUCGAGUUCACACUGGGGAGAAGCCGUUCACCUGCUCAGAAUGUGGGAAGGGAUUCACUUGGUUAUCCAGCCUACAGAAACAUCAACGAGUUCACACUGGGGAGAAGCCGUUCACUUGCUCAGUCUGUGGGAGGAGAUUCACUGAGUCUUCCACCCUGCAGAAUCAUCAGCGAGUUCACACUGGGGAGAGGCUGUUCACCUGCUCAGAAUGUGGGAAAGGAUUCACUCUGUCAUCUACCCUACUGAUACAUCAGCGAGUUCACACUGGGGAGAGGCCGUUCACCUGCUCAGUCUGUGGGAAAGGGUUCACUCUGUCAUCUACCCUACUGGUACAUCAGCGAGUUCACACUGGGGAGAGGCCGUUCACCUGCCCAGUCUGUGAGAAGGGAUUCACUAAUUUAUCCAGCCUACAGAGACAUCAGCGAGUUCACACUGGGGAGAAGCCGUUCACCUGCUCAGAAUGUGGGAAGAGAUUCACUCAGUCAUCCAACCUACUGAGUCACCAGCGAGUUCACACUGGGGAGAAGCCAUUCACCUGCUCAGGCUGUGGGAAGGGAUUCACUCAGUCAUCCCACCUACGGAGUCACCAGCGAGUUCACACCGGGGAGAGGCCAUUCACCUGUUCAGUCUGUGGGAAGGGAUUCACUCAGUCAUCCACCCUACAGAGUCACCAGUCAGUUCACACUGGGGAGAGGCCGCUCUCCUGCUCAGUCUGUGGGACGGGAUUCACUGUGUCAUCCACCCUACAGAGACAUCAGCGAGUUCACACUGGGAAGAAGCCGUUCACCUGCUCAGAAUGUGGGAAGGGAUUCUCUCAGUUAUCCAGCCUACAGAAACAUCAGUGAGUUCACACUGGGGAGAGGCCAUUCACCUGCUCAGAAUGUGGAAGGAGAUUCACUGACUCUUCCACCCUGCAGAGUCAUCAGCAAGUUUACAGUGGAGAGAGGCAGUUCUCCUGCUGAGAAUGUGGGAAAGUAUUCACUCUGUCAUCCACCCUACUGGUACAUCAGCAAGUUCACACUGGGGAGAAACCUUUCAACUGCUCAUUCUGGGAAUGGAUUCACUCAGUUAUUCACCCUACAGAAACAUCAACAAGUUCACACUGGAGAGAGGCCGUUCACCUGCUGAGAAUGUGGGAAAGGAUUCACUCAGUCAUCCCACCUACUGACACACCUGUCAGCUCACAAUGGGGAGUGGCCAUUGUUAUGAAUCUCUAGGUUUUGUUUGCUGUGGAGAGAGAGAGAGAGAGAGAGAUUAAGAAGGCAAAUGUGUCUGACUUGCAGCUUGUUUACAUUGUGUGCAGCUUGUUUAGUUUUAACUGAGGACACAGACACUCAGAGUCAGACGGAGACGAAGGAGGAAAAAUGGAAAGAAUCGAAACCAGGGAACUAGUGGCCAAGGGUCACUGUUUGGAACUUUCCUUUGCCCACAAGUGUGGGCAAAUUAUCGAUUCUCCGUACAUUGAAUAUGUGGAUGUCACCUCAUUUGAUCCAUUGGAGUGGAUCUGAUUUGGGGUAUCCUGCGGUGACCACUAAUGUGUUAACCCUUGUCUGGCUAUGGUGUGGUAAUUCUUUUGAAGACGAUACCCUUCAUGACAAGUCACUUUGGGUGAUAAUUAGUAUGUGGAUUUGGAAGGAUGACAGAUAAAAUCUACAGCAACUGUUGGUCUUGUUUUACCACCAUGUAACCUGUGGAAUAUGACAUAAUUGCCUUCUCUCAACAUUUACCCUGGAUUACAAAUAUCUCUCUCAUCACCUAUUAUGUGGUUGAACUGAACUUUCAUACUUUACCAUCUCAAGACUCCAAGUCUUGUUUCCCCCGAGCUCAAUAGUUUGGGAAUUUUAUUUAUACACAUAACACUCAGGAGGAAAUCUGCAGAUGCUGGAAAUUCAAACAACACACACAAAAUGCUCAUGGAACACAGCAGGCGAGACAGUAUCUAUAAGGAGAACUGUCGACGUUUCAGGCUGAGACCCUUCGUCAGGACUCACUGAAAGGAAAGAUACUAAGAGAUUUGUAAGUAGUGGGGGGAGGCUGAAAUGCAAAAUGAUAGGAGAAGACCGGAUGUGGUGGGAUGAAGCUAAGAGCUGGAAAGGUGAUUGGCGAAAGUGAUACAGAGCUGGGAGAGGACCAUUGGACAGGAGGCCUCAGAGGAAAGAAAGGUGGGGGGGGGGGGGAAGCACCAGAGAGACAUGGAAAACAGGCAAUUAAAUAUGUCAGUGAUGGGGUAAGAAGGGGAAGAGGGGUAUUAACGGAAGGUGGAGGAGUCAAUGUUCACCCCAUCAGGUUGGAGGCUACCCAGCUUGUAUAUACGGUGUUGUUCCUCCAACCUGAGUUUGGAUUGAUUUUGACAGUAAAGGAGGCCAUGGAUAGACAUAUCAGAAUGGGAAUGGGAUGUGGAAUUAAAAUGCGUAGCCACUAGGCGGAGUCUGUUGCUGCUGGUUCGUUUCUAAAGCAUUACGGUUUGUAACAAAAUGGGGCCUGCGUCUGGGAUAUGAAGAAAUUUAAGGAUUGAUGUAUUAUCGAUUUCAUUGGGGAAAUCCCUUUUGAUUUAUUUGUGUGUGGAAAACCAGCAGCAAUGGAUGUUGAUAGAUAUCUGGAAGUGUGAGCCUCUCGGGCAUUAGAGAACAGCAGAAGGAUUGAGUUGUUCAGUAUUGCUAUAAUGUUAAUACUUGCUAAGGUGAAAUUGACAAUGAGGAGGGCACAGAUGCGGAGGAUAAUAGCUGAACAUUAUGUAUCUGAGGGUGUGUUUAAAGUGGAGGAGUUGGAGGUGUUUCCUGAAAGUAAACCUAGUGAGCUUGAGAUCCAGUGCAAGUGAGAAAAAUUAAAGAUGGAGACUGCGGAAAGGCAGAGGCAGUUUCAGGCUGGAGAGGCAGAAAAGCAGACAGAAAUUUCUCUUACAAAGGGUAAUUAAGGGGAAUGCUUAGCAAGCCUAUUCUGCUUUGACAGUUGCUGAAGCAGCUUAUUAUUUAUUUAUUUAUGCUGCCCCAAUCAUCGCCACUGGGCUAUAAAUCUGCAGGAGCUGUGUGUGGUUCAGUGCUUUGCUCAAGGACACACAAGCUGCCUCGGCUGAGGCUCGAACUCAUGACAUUCAGAUCACGAGUCCAACACCUUAGCCACAUGGUCAUGACCUAUUCAUGACACAUUAUGAUCUAUUGAAGCAGGCUGUGCUCAAAGCUUGUGAGUUGGUCCCAGAAGCAGACAGGCAGAAGUUCAGAAAUUUGAAGAAAUCUGUGAACCAGACAUACGGAAUUUGCUUUUGAGAAAAUUGUGUGUCUUGACCGCUGGUGCACAUCUGAACAUGUAAAUGAUAAUUUUAACAGCUUCAAAGAGUUGGUUUUAAUUGAAGAGUUCAGAGGGUGCGUUCCUGAUGACAUAAAGAUGUAUUUAGAUGGAAAUGAUGCUGCCACUAUGCAGGAAUCUGCUAGAUUAGCAGAUCAAUUUGCUUUAACUGAUAAAGUUAUGUUUACCCUGAAUAAGAGUUUCCAAAAGGCAGUUGUCAAGUUGUGGGUAAACCUAAUGAGGUCACCCCAGUGGCCUGUACCUGCAUUCGGUGAACCCUUUUUCAAAGUUAUAGUGGAUUGUGUUGGCCCAUUGCUAACAGACUAAAGCUGGCCAUCAGUAUCUGCUAACUAUUAUGUGUACUGCAUCCAGAUUCCCAGAGGCAAUGCCUCUCAGAAAUGUUAAAGCUAAAACUGUGGCGAAGGCUCUCACCAAGAUUUUCACUUUAUUCGAUAUGCCUAAAGAAGUCCAGUCUGAUCAAGGAUGUAAUUUUACAUCUGGAUUAUUCCAGCAGGUUGUUUCUGAACUGGGAGCAAAACAAAUUGCAUCAUCUGCGUACCAUACAGAAUCACAAGGGGCUUUAGAAAGAUUUAAUUUUACCCUCAAAACAAUGAUUAAGACAUAUUGUGUUGAAAAUGGAAAAGACUGGGAUGAAGGAAUACAUUUGCUUUUUUCCACAGAAAGGGAGUCAGUACAGGAAUCACUGGGCUUUACUCCGUAUGAACUUGUAUUUGGUCGCAGAGUGACCUUUGACCUUGUUAAAAGGAACGGUGGAUUGAUGGGGAUGUACAUGUUAACUCGUUAGACUAUGUUUCGAAGUUCAAAAAGAAACUACACCAAGCCUGUAGUCUAGCGAGACAAAACUUAAAGAUUUCUCAAAACAAAAUGAAGUGUUGGUUUGAUAACAGGGCUCACAAAGGAAAAUACCAGGUUUGAGAUAAGGUGCUUGUCUUAUGUUGACGAAUCCACUUCAGUCGAAAUUCAAUAGACAGUAUGAAAUAGUCUCCCAAAUUAAAUAUGUGAAUUAUGUUAUUAAAACACCCAACUGACUUGAACUAA